GGCUCACAAGGCAGACACUUUUAAACAGGACACAUUGGGCAUCCCCCAGCAAUGCCCCUUCCCUGGGCUUGAGGACGGCCAUGGAGCUGAGAGCCCUCCUCCUGCUGCUGCUCUGCUUCCCAGCUCUCCAAGCCCAAACACCUCAUGCUGAGGAAGGACUAUCGGAAGGAAGCUCUCUCUCCAUCCAGUGUCCUUACACAGCACAGACUGACUACCACCAGCAGAAAGCCUGGUGCCACGUGAGAGGUGGACAGUGUGAGCCCUUAGUGGAGACGACCUACCCAACACAAUACCCACGCACAAACCGGGUCACAAACGGGAAAGUUACAAUAGAGGACAACCCCAUGUAUGAGACCGUGUCCAUCACUAUGACUAACCUCCAGGUAGAAGACUCGGGCACUUACUUAUGUGCUUACCGUUCCUACCAUUACGACUAUCUUCCACUCAAGAUGAUCUCACUGAAUGUUUUCAAGGAGCUGCACAAGUGGGAGUUGGACAGUCUCUCUGUGCAGUGCAAAUACAGUGGCUUGGUGCACAGCACAGACAGAAAAGCCUGGUGUCGGAGAGGUCGGACUGGGUGUGAAAUCUGGUUGAUAACAGAUAACCUUUCAACAUGGACUAAGAGCAAAGACCUGGAAGACAAAACCUUGAUCCAGGAUGAUGCCCAGAAAAGGACUGUCACCAUCACCAUGAAGAAGCUGCAAGCCCAGGAUGCUGGCGUGUACUGGUGUGUGCUCUACAGAGGCUCUUCUCCCACCCAGAAAAUGGAGAUCAGGCUCUCUGUGUCCAAGAGGACCCAACAAUACACACCCAAGGAGUCAGACAAUGUCUCUGUCCAGUGUCCGUACAGCGCCUCAUACUAUGGGGCUGUGAGCAAAGCCUGGUGCAAAGAGGGAGCUAGGGGAGCAUGUACCAUACUAGUCACCACGGAUUUGAAGCUGUCAGGAUACCGGAAGAAAAUUCAGCAAGGCAGAUUCACGAUCCAGGAUGACACCCAGCAGGGGAUGGUCACUGUCACCAUGGAGAAGCUGCAGGUGCAGGACUCUGGCGUGUACUGGUGUGCACUUUAUGAACACGGCCAGCUUCUCCGAAUGGUGGAGGUUACGCUCACUGUUUCUGAGGUAUUGGCUGGAACAACUUUGUCAGGUACUGCAAGCACCAGUCAAGCAACCCCUUCCAGCAACACCCCAGCACCGAGCUCAAAUGUAAAUAACUUCAUCCUACUGUCUGGGGUCCUGAGCAUUCUGUUCAUCCUGGCACUCACCAGCUUGAUAACACUAUGCAUCAAGCGGCACAAGCAGCUGAAGAGAAGAGGUAACAGACAAGCAGAGGACAUCUAUGACAAACCAGAGGGCAUAGGACAGCUUGACAGCACUGAAAGAAUGGAAAGUCCCAAGGAUGACAGCAAAGAUGUAAAAUACAUUACCCUGAACUUUAAAUCCCGACUCAGCCCUGAGGAUCCUCUCUACUGUAAUGUUGAACCAAGCCAGGCUCACAGGAAACCCAAAGAUGAAAAUGUGGAGUAUGCUACCAUUGCACUCAAGCAGUUACCAACAAAUGACAAAGGAUGAAGCACAGAAUCCCCAAACAAUCCAGAAAUGGGGGAAAAGAACUGGAAUACAAAGUGGGAAUGAGAAGUAGAAGGUGUGUAGAUCGACACUAGGGAAAAAUAUAAGUUUUUGCUGCCAUGUGUAUGUUGCCUGUGCAUUUUAAGACCUCCCUCCUAUCAGAGGCCUGUAGAGAAUUUUGCCGCAAGUGUGCAGAUUCUCUCGGGUCAGACAGAAGUGCUGAGUAAUUCUCAGGAUCCCUUGCACAUCU